GGAUAACGAAGCGGACGGAUGAUGCAGCCAAUCGUAGGAAAAUGCGAGCUCAUCGGACGGAGGAAUAGGGGCUUAUGUGGCAUAAAGGAUCGUAUUAUCCAAUCAGAAGAGAUAACGGUAGAAGGCACCUCCUGCGAAUUGAUUAUUCCUGGAUCGUCAGGGAGACAUUUGUCGUGGGAAGGCUGGGCUUCUAGAUGGUUGGUUCGCGAACAAAAGCGGGAGCAUGUGUAUGGCCACCCAUUUGCUCUGUGGUGUGGAGCUCUGGGAGCUUCCAUCGAACCUAGCUGUUUCUUCAAUACACUUCAGCUUGCCUACCAGAGCAAGUCGCUUGCACCCUCGCCAUUCUCCUUGAUGAUCUCGAGGAGGGGAGGGGGGGACCUCGAGAGACUCCACAGUCUGCCUCAAGUAUUCGUCAUACUGGACUGCGUCCUCGUUAGCUUCACAUGCAGCGAACCAGCAGCCGGCAGCACAUCGACCAAAGUCCCGACUAUCCGCUCGCAUCAGAUCCGAUCCGACUGGAAGAAGGCUCCGCCGGCUCCGCUUCCGCCGGCGGCGGCGGCGGCGGUAGCGACGGUAGCGGCGACGUCGGCGCUCCGCUCCAUUCCCCGCAGCGCCGCGCGCCGCCGCUGAUGCAGCAGAUGCGCCUGCAGGCGUCUCUCUUCCUCCGCCGCCUGCUCCACCCGCGCGCGUUUCUCGGCACCAAAUGCGCUGCUGUCGCGCUCCUCCUGCUGCUUCUAACGGGGAUAUGCGCGGCCCUGGCGGGCGCGGGGGGGGCAUGGGGGCCGCGCGCGGAUUGGGUGGUGGCGGUAGAGGCUCGCGGGGGAGGCUUGCCCGGGGAGGUUCUUUUGGCUGUUGGAGACAGUAACGGGUGUGAUAGUAACGAGCGGGUUACUGUUCCUUUGCCGGGGGAUGGAGAUGGGAGUUCCGCGGAGGGAGAGUCGGGAGCUAUGGUGUUUCUGUCGAUUGGGGAUUUCGGUAAUGCGAACGACUCUCAGAAAGCCGUGGCAGCUCAGAUGGGCACAGUAGCUGAGGCAGCAGGGGCGCGGUUCGUGGUGACGGUGGGGGACAAUGUGUAUGACAACGGGGUCACGGGGGAAGCGGACCCGCUGUUUGAAAAGGUGUUCGAGGGGGUCUACACGCACCCCGCGCUGCAAGUGCGAUGGUACAUGUCUCUAGGCGAUCACGACAACAAGGGCAGUGUGGCGGCGCAGAUCGCGCACUCCCACACCUCUUCCAAGUGGUAUCUCCCCGCGCCCUACUACUCCCUCUCCCUGCCGCUGCCCCGCACGCACUCUGCACGCCCUGCAGCAACUGCUGGGGAGGAAUCAGCAGGGCAAGGAGGUGGGGAGGCAGCAGCUGGGGAGGGGGGAGGAGCAGGAGGAAACGGGAGUGGGGUGGAAGGAAGCAGCAGUGGUGGUAAUGGCAGUGAUUCUGGCGGUACUACAGACCACAUUGAUUUCUUCUUCACUAACUCCAUUGGCCUCGAGGGAGUGCUGGGAGCGUCCAACGACAAUGACCGGCGGUUCUUCUCCAACUACUCACUUGACCUCGUCGGCCCACAGGCAGGAAGGCAGCAGCUGAAGUGGCUGGAGGCACAGCUUGAGCGCAGCACCGCAAGAUGGAAGGUGGUGGUGGGCCAUCGUCCCAUCAUCACAGCGGGAGUGCGCCCUCGCUUCCCAGCAGAGCCCCGCUUCUCCUCGCUGUUGCUGCCGCUGCUGCACAAGCACCACGUAGACGUGUAUCUCUUUGGCCACGACCACGUGGCGCAGCACUUAGAGCGGUGCGGAGUGGUGCACGUUGGUAAUGGCGUGGGGGGGUACAAGCGGCACUGGGUGCACCCGACAGGCGACACCGUGUGGGCUGACUCCUCCUUCUUCGGCUUCAUUAAGCACGCUGCCACGCGCGACUGGCUGGACUUCACCUUCAUCGCAGCCAACGGCACCACCAUGCACUCCUUCCGCUUACCCCACCGCAGCCUCAGACCCCACCCCUCUGCACCGCUCUCCACACCUCUCUCUCCUGGCUUCCCGUCCCUCCCCCGAUCUCACUCCCGGCGGAUGCAACUAGACGCGCAGGAGAUAGGCGAGGAGGUACAGGGGGGGAAAGGGAGGGUAGGGUUGUAGAAGGUUGAUUGAGUGGCAUAGCUGCUGCAAGAGUACGCUUGGUACAAACGGAUGUCCAUAUACUGUGUUAGUGUCAA